AAUGUUAAAGCAUGCCUUAAGGGUGAUGUAAGUCUUUAGACCUAAAUUAUUGCAUUGUGUGCCUUUAUAAACAUUGGCAAUAAGAGGACCUCUAUUUACAAAUAUUCCUGUUAGCUAUUUCUCCACUUCUUUGCCAAAACAUAAGAAAUUAGAAAUGCCUGCUCUGUAUAUGAGUUUUAUUAAAUUAUAGCUCACCAACUAUGGAGGCAGGAAACAUUUAGAAGUACUUAAAGAAAGUAGGUGACCCAAUUACGGCAGGUGAUGUAUUAUGUGAGGUUGAGACUGAUAAAGCAACUGUGGGAUUUGAAAUGCAAGAUGAGGGAUUCUUAGCCCAAAUCCUUGUACCUGAAGGUAAAUAAAAUUGAAUAAAUUAAAUUAGGCUCUAAGGGAGUCAAAGUUGGAUAAUUAGUUGCAGUAAUUGUUCCAAAGUAAUCAGAUGUAGCAUCAUUUGCUAAUUUCAAAGAUUCAUCACCUGAGUAAAAUUCUGCUGCUUCAAAACCAGCAGCUUAACCCUAAUAAUCUUCAACACCUUAGCGAACACAACCUGCAGCAACAGGAGGAGCAUUCCCUAAACACUCGAAAUUAGGUCUUCCUGCAUUAUCUCCAACAAUGGAAAAAGGAAAUUUAAUGAAAUGGCUUGUUAAGGAAGGAGAUAAAAUAAGUCCUGGAGAUGUGAUUUGUGAGAUUGAGACAGACAAGGCUUCAGUUGGAUUCGAAGUUCAAGAAGAUGGUUACAUUGCAAAAUUAAUGGUACCUGCCGGAACUAAAGAUAUUAAAUUAGGAACUGUAAUUAAUAAUUUUAUUUAAGAUAUUGGCUAUCUCAACACCAAAGAAGGAUAAUGUGCCUAGUUUUGCUAAUUAUACUCUUGAGGGUGCUGCAGCAGCUGCUUAAACCACUUAAGCAUAGCCAGCAUAAUAAUAAUAAUAAUAAUAAUAAUAAACAAUAAUUAAUGAAACACCAAUUCAAACAGUGUCUCAAUCUGGACAAAGGAUAUUUGCUUCACCACUAGCAAAAGAAUUUGCUAAGAAGAAUAAUGUUGCAUUAGAAUUUGUAAGAGGAACUGGUAUAGAUGGUAGCAUUGUCAAAAAAGAUGUAGAAAGAUUUCUUUCAUCUGGAUCAAAGCCUGAAGUUUAAUAAUAACAAUAAGUAAUUUCACAACCUUAAUAAUAAUAAUAAACUUAAGCUCCAACUUAAGAAUAACCAACUUAACAAACACCCCCUCCUACUCAAGCUAAAUAAUAAGCUAAACCAGCAAGUGCUUCAAAAUCUGUUGCAAUUGAAGGCAAUCCUUAUGUAGACACAGAACUUACUAAUAUGAGAUAAACAAUUGCUGCAAGAUUAUUAGAAUCAAAAACAACUAUCCCUCACUAUUAUUUAACUAUGACAGUUACCAUGGAUAAAGUAUUGAAGUAUUUAUUAACUUAAUUAUUAAAAGAGUACGAGAAGAGUUGAAUAAAUUAUAAAAGGUGAAAAUUUCUGUCAAUGAUUUUAUUAUCAAGGCAAGUGCUUUGGCAUUAAAAGAUGUUCCAUAAGCUAAUUCUUAAUGGCAUGGUACAUUUAUUAGAAAGUUUACCAAUGCUGAUAUUUCAAUAGCAGUUGCAACUGAUGCAGGUUUAAUAACUCCUAUUGUUUUUAAUGCAAGUAGUAAGGGUCUUGGAACUAUUGCUUCAACAGUAAAAGAAUUAGCUGAUAAAGCUAAAGCAAAUAAACUUAAACCUUAAGAAUUUAUUGGUGGCACUUUUACCAUUUCAAAUCUAGGAAUGUUUGGUAUUGAUUAAUUUAUUGCUGUUAUUAAUCCACCACAAUCAGCUAUAUUAGCAGUUGGUAAAACAAGUAAAAGAUUUGUCCCUGAUGAAAAUGGAUAACCAAAGUAAUUUUUAUUAUUUAAAUCAUAGGGUUGAAAACUAAAUGGAUGUUACAUUAUCCUGUGAUCAUAGAGUAGUUGAUGGAGCUGUCGGUGCAUAAUGGUUACAAAGAUUUAAAUUUUAUAUUGAAGAUCCUAAUACAUUAUUGCUUUGAG